UAGAUGGCUGAGUGUCAUUCUGCUGCCACAAACUGAGAAGCACGGAGAGAAAGACGUGAGAAACCGUGUGGAAAACCCCCCCACAAAUAACCGAACCGUCACAACGUUGUAAAUGAAAACAACAUGGAGGUGUGACUGAAGACGUCUUUUCUAGGCAAACCGAGGAGCUGAAGCGAAACAGCUCGCUUAGGAGGUUGCGGAUUCCUGCGAAGUUUGUGUCGAACAAACGUCCUGCGGCUGGGCUAACGACACCAUUGUGCUAACCUUCCACCUUCCACGCAGCCCCACUCAUCCAAACAACGAAAAUGGUGUCCUGGUUAAUCGCAAGGAGUGUUGUGCUUGUGUUUGGGACUCUGUAUCCUGCAUACUACUCCUACAAAGCUGUGAAGACCAAAAAUGUCAAGGAAUAUGUUCGAUGGAUGAUGUAUUGGAUUGUUUUUGCCCUCUACACUGUGGCAGAGACCAUCACUGACCUUACACUGGCAUGGUUUCCCUUGUACUAUGAACUGAAAGUAGCAUUUGUCGUCUGGCUCCUAUCACCCUAUACCAGAGGAGCAAGUUUAAUUUACCGGAAAUGUUUGCACCCAAUGCUGUCCUCCAGGGAGAGGGAAAUUGACGAGUACAUUGUGCAGGCCAAAGAGAAAAGUUAUGAAACCAUGGUGAACUUUGGCAAGCAGGGACUCAGCAUUGCAGCCACUGCUGCCGUCACUGCAGCUGUCAAGGGUCAGGGUGCAAUCACAGAGAAGCUGCGGAGCCUGAGCAUGCAUGACCUCACACAGAUUAAUCAGCAAGAUGGAGGUGAAAACCAGUUGUAUCGUUACACCUCCCAUGCUGCUAAUCCUGCCAUCAGACGAUCUCAGAGCGCUGAUGUACCUGAUGAAGGAGAAUACUUUUAUGACCAGGACGACGUGAGCGACGACGAGGCAGAGCCAACCCUCUCCGAAGAUGAGGCUCUUUCUCAGAGAGGACUGAGGCGAUCUCAGAGUGUCAGGCUGACACGAUCCAGAAUCCGCAAAGAUAAUCGCUAUGGAUCCUUGAAGAUUAAAGGCAAGAAGAGACCAGCGCUGAGCUCCGUCAACUACGCAAUGUGAACACUCCUCUUGGCACACACCCACACACACACACACACACACGCACACACACGCACACACACACACACACACACACACACACACACACACACACACACACGACCACACUUGUAAUUAGAUUUCUUAAUAGGUUUGCUUCCUAAAAAGGUAUUUUUCAUAAUGAACUACAAUUUUUAAGUAAGUCGCUUUGUUUUAAGUGUUUUUAAAGGCCUACUGAAACCCACUACUACCGACCACGCAGUCUGAUAGUUUAUAUAUCAAUGAUGAAAUAUUAACAUUGCAACACAUGCCAACACGGCCGGUUUAGUUCACUAAAUUGCAAUUUUAAAUUUCCCGCGGAGUUUCUUGUUGAAAACGUCGCGGAAUGAUGACGCGUGCGCGUGAGGUCACGGACUGUCUGGAAAUAUUAGAAUAUUAGCGCAGCACCAUUUGCGGCUAAAAGUCGUCUCUUUUCAUCGCGCAAUUAAAUGGUAUUCUGGACAUCUGUGUUGCUGAAUCUUUUGCAAUUUGUUCGAUUAAUAAUGGAGAAGUCAAAGCAGAAAGAUGGAGUUGGGAAGCUUUAGCCUUUAGCCACACAAACACACGGUGAUUCCUUGUUUAAAAUUCCCGGAGGUGAAGCUUUACUAUGAAUCAGAGCGGUCAAACGAACAUGGUUCCCGACCACUUGUCAACUGGCAGGUUUCGGUGAGAAAAUUGUGUUAAAAAGUCGCCUCUUACCGGAAAUCUGUGGAGUCUGCGCCGUCCUUGUAUCUGCCGUGACUUCCCUCAGACACUGGCCUCAAGACACCCAUUAACAAACCCCUCCGAUUAUCAGGUACUAUUUAGUCUCACUAAAACACUAGCAACACAAUAGAAAAAUAAGGGAUUUCUCAGAAUUAUCCUAGUAAAUGUGGCUAAAAACAUCUGAAUCCGUCCCAAUGCAAUCGCCUCUUUUUUUAAAACUUUUUUUUCUUCUUUUUUUUCUAGUCCUUCGCUAUCAAUAUCAUCAUCCACAAAUCUUUCAUCCUCGCUCAAAUUAAUGGGGAAAUUGUCGUUUUGUCGGUCCGAAUAGCUCUUGCUGUUGGAGGCUCCCGUUAUAAACAAUGUGAGGACGUGAGGAGCCCUCACCCUUUUGACGUCAUCGUCUGCGACUUCCGGUAAAGGUGAGGCUUUUUUAUCAGCACCAAAAGUUGCGAACUUUAUCGUGGAUAUUCUCUACUAAAUCCAUUCAGCAAAAAUAUGGCAAUAUCGCGAAAUGAUCAAGUAUGACACAUAGAAUGGACCUUCUAUCCCCGUUUGAAUAAGAAAAUCUCAUUUCAGUAGGCCUUUAACUCACACAGUAAUAUUUUUACCAUGACUAUUAUUAUUAUGAGACGAAGAGACCUAAUGCCUGCUGUUGGUCAAAGUUGUGUCAUCCAGUAUGGAAGGCAUUUACUUUUUCAAGGCACAUGUGUGUAUUUUUCUCAAAGAAGAAACUAUUUGAACACUUCCUAAUGGCUUUACGAAUGGAUGGCAUAUUCUCUCCUGAGAGGUGUCGUCUGGCACCGGAAACACUCCUCAUCACGCCUGUGUGGAAUUGUCCCAGCCCAGACUUCCCCCUAAGACACUUUUUGGAGUUUGAAUGAGUCACACGUGGGAAAAAUCCCUUCUCUCUUCGUCUGACAUCCUUUCACAGUCAACACAAAGAUGACAGAAAAUGUAAUUUCAUGAAGCCCAAAUCUCUUUUUUUUUUUUAUUAGCUUCGUGCACAUUUUAAAAAUACAAUUCCAAAGAGCAAAAAUGAGGGAAAAGAAGUAAUAUCAGGAGAAAAAGUUGGCAUGUCAAUGCUAAUAACACAAAGCUAACAUGUAGGCUGUUUUUUCUUAGCGUACUAGAUUAUUUUUUACAAUAUAAACAUUCCCCGGCAGUCAUUAGAUUUUUAAAAAAUUGUUGUGUGAAAAUGUCUAUUUAUAUAUACAUUUUUGGGCUGAAAUCCAAACUCCAUCUCUUCAAAGGUGACUUUGUUGUCAACACCAUAGAAAUACUUCAUUCCAGGUUCUGGUUGUUCCUUUUCAACUUUUCAUGCCUAUUAUCCUGGUUUGCUGUUAUAUAUGUAUGUAUUCUGUGGCUCAAAAGGGUUUUAUGUAUAAAUACUAGUUAUUUUUGUCAAUGCGUCUCAUCCCAAAGCUUUUUGUUACUGCUGUUUUGUUUGCUGGUCAUCUCAGUUUCAGUAAUGAAAUGUAGGUCACACAGAACAACCUUGUCUUUGAUCAAUCGUCAGCAAUUGAUCAAUCUUUUUAAUAGGGGUGUCGAAAAUGUUUUAUUUUCAGAUUAAUCACGAUUUUUAUACGAUACAUUUUUUAAAAUUUUUUAUUUCUUAUCUUUCCAGUAUGUCCUGUCCAGCCACUCAGAUGAAUCAUAUUGUUGAUGUAGAUCAGAGGUCUCAAACAUCUAGCCCGUGAGACGUUAUGUUUAAUAUGAAGGGCGCUUGACAGCGUCAUACUUGCCAACAUCCCCAAUUUUCCCUGGAGACCCCUGAAUGUUAGGGCACCAAUUCUAUCGAAGCCCCUGUGGAUAUUAACCAGAUCAACAAUAUUCAGGGAGUGCCAUAAUGGCACUGCCUUUAGCGCCCUCUACAUCCUGAACUGACAGUGUCGCAGCCCAGUUGUAUGUUGCAUCUGGCCAUGCAAGACGCACGUGUGGUAUUGCAAAAUAUAUUUGAUCAACAGCUACACACGUCACACCAAGGGUGGCCGUAAAAAAAACUUUAAUAAUGUUAAAAAUAUGUGCCAGACUGUGAACCCACAUCAAACAAGAAUGACAAACACAUUUUGGGAGAACAUCCGCAUCGUAACACAACAUAAACACAACAGAACAAUUACCCAGAAUUCCAUGCAGCCCUAACUCUUCCGGGCUACAAUAUACACCCCCCCGCUACCACCAAUCCCCCACCCCCCACCCUCCCUACUUGCGUCGGUUGAGGUGUUGUAUAUUGUAGCCCGGGAGACUUAGGGUUGCAAGGUUUUCUGGGUAUUUGUUCUCUUGUGUUUAGUUGUGUUAAGGUACGGAAAUUCUCCCAAAAGCGGUUUGUCACUCUUUGUUUGGUGUGGGUUCAAAGUGUGGCGCAUAUUUGUAACAGUGUUAAAGUUGUUUAUACGGCCACCUUCAGUGUGACGUGUAUGGCUGUUUACCAAGUACGUCUUGCAGCCUCUGACGAUGUUCUGCACAAGUCUCAUACAACAUGUUAUGUAAAAGCGUGGGCGAUGACAUGUAGUGGAGCAGUAGUCCUCUUUUAAGGGGUGUGCGAACCCCUGGAGUAACUUGAUGGUAUGCAAAGGGACAAGUGAGAUUUAUUAAAAACGUUCUAAAAAAAAAUAGCAGCAAUUCAUAAAUCCUUUAUACAAAUGUUUCUUGAAAAAUACUUCAAUGAAAUAUGAAUGUAAGUCCAUAAACUGUGAAAAAAAUAAUACAACAAUCCAACAUUCAGUGUUGACAGCUAGACUUUUUAUGGACAUGUUCCAUAAAUAUUGAUGUUAAAGAUUUCUUUUUUUGUGAAGAAAUGUUUAGAAUGAAGUUGAUGAAUCCAGAUGGAUCUCUAUUUCAAUCCCCAACGAGGGCACUUUAAGUUGAUGAUUACUUCUAUGUGUAGAAAUCUCAAUUUAUAAUUGAAUCACUUGUUUAUUUUUCAACAAGUCUUUUAGUUAUUUUUAUAUCUUUUUUUCAAAAUAGUUCAAGAAAGACCACUACAAAUUAGCAAUAUUUUGCACUGUUAUACAAUUUAAUAAAUCAGAAACUGAUGACAUAAUGCUGUAUUUUACUUCUUUAACUCUUUUUUUCAACCAAAAAUGCUUUGCUCUGAUUAGGGGGUACUUGAAUUAAAAAUUUGUUCACAGUUUACAGUGAAAAAAGGUUGAGAACCACUGUUGUAGAGGACGUUAAAGGCAGUGCAGUCACGGCAGCCCUUAAUAAUGUCGGCAAAGUGAAAAUUGGGACAAAUUCGGGGGAAUGGUUGCACCGGUAGAUUGUCGGGAGGUGCACUGAAAUUCAGGAGUCUCCUGGAAAAAUCCUGAGGGUUGGCCAGUAUAUUGCUAGGUCGGGAAAGCCAUUCAUAUAAGGUGAAUUCAUUAAAAAGUGCAUGUUAGAUUUUUUUAAGAAAUCUUUUCUUGCGGCCCAGCCUCACCCAGUUUCUGCAUCCAGUGGCCCCCAGGUAAAUUGAGUUUGAGACUCCUGAUGUAGAAGAUCAUAUCUGCUGUACAGAUUUCAAAAAAGAGAAGUGUUGGGUACUUCUCUUGUUGCCUUAUUAUUAUUAACCAACGCCCCUCCGUGCGUUGGUUGAGAUGAGCGGGGUUGGGGGGGGGUUGGUGCUAGCGGGGGUGUAUAAUGUAGCCCAGAGAAUGUUAGGGAUGCAUGGGAUUCUGGGUAUAUGUUCUUUAGUUUUUAUGUUGUGUUACAGUCCCGAUGUUCUCCCGAAAUGUGUUUGUCAUUCUUGUUUGGUGGGGGUUCACAUUGUGGCGCAUAUUAAUAAGAGUGUUAAAGUUGUUUAUAUAACAACCCUCAGUGUAACCUGUAUGGCUGUUGAUUAAGUAUGCGUUGCAGUCGCUUUCGUGUGUUAACAGAGGCCGAAUAUAAGAUGUGAUCAGUCCGCACGCAGAUCGCGUGGUGUAAAAGCGGGCGCGACGACAUGUUGUGGAGGAGGUUAAAGGCAUUGCUAUCACUGCACACCCUCAAUAUUGAAGUCCAGGUAAAAAUUGGAGAAUGUUAUCCCCGGGUGAUAUCUGAGAGAGAGAGAGGCACUAAAAUCCGGAAACCUCCCGGAAUAAUCGUUGGGGUCGGCAAUUUAGCAGCUGAGCCACAUCAGAAUGAUCAAAGAUUCGGAUGCGGCUUCAGAGCCGCGGGUUGCCGACCCCUGCAGUAUACCAUAGACACUCCAAUAAAAUGCUAAUAAGAGAGCUUUUCCUUGGAAUGAAUGAAGCAUAAAAUACAUUUAAUUAAAGGUAAAACAUAGUGGAAAUGGUUGCUUUCUUUUUAUAACAGUGCUUUUUAUUAUUAUGCUUUUUUGUAUGGAUUGAUAAUGAGUAUUGUCUUAAUCAUGUACAGUAAUAGACUCGAGGGAGGGUUUUUGUGGACAGUAUGUUCUUAAAGGUGAGUUAUUUGGUGUGUGUAUCUACAAACACAACAUUAUUAGUCUGAUAUAAACUGCUAAUUAAAAAAAUCAAGGUAAAACUUAAAGGACACAAUGCAGUCAGUCUCACUUAGGAAGCAACAGUGAUGGACGAUCAUGCUGUUUUGCAAGUGGAAUAAACAACAGGUGGCGCUCUCCACUUUGUGUGUGACUCCAAAUCCAACAUGGGUUCAUAUAUUUGAUUUCACUGCUGUGUGAUGGUGUUGCUUGCACUUUUAACUCUGUAAAGAAGAAAGUAUUUAAUAAGAAUGUCAUUCAUUCCCAUCUCUGAUGUUAUUUCAGUGUUCCCUUCAUUUCUAAGAGCAGUUGACUAAUGAGCACUUUGUACUAACAAGAUGUUUUCUUCAUCCGCUGAAAACUGGCUUUUGCGGUCAAGUCCUUUCUAUUGAAGCUCUGCAAAGCUGGAUUAUUGUGAACCCAAAUACACAACCACGUCUUUUUAAACGUCUGGUGUAGUUGAUCUAUGUUCAGCUCUGACUUUGAGAUGGCACAACAAACCAAACUUUGCAUAUUGUCAUAUUUCUGGUCAAUGUUCAUAAAUAAUAUACACCAAAGUUUUGUGUACAGGAUUUGGAUGAUUGUUAAAUGGAUUGUGUGGCAAUGAAAUGAAGAUGCCUUGUUCUUCUGUGGCAACAACA